AUGGUUUAUGAGGCCAAGCCAUUUGAUCCUAUUACGGUGAAUCCUCGAGACAAGAAAAGAGUUGCAUACUUCUAUGACGCAGAUGUGGGUAACUACAACUAUGGUGCAGGCCAUCCCAUGAAACCCCAUAGGAUAAGGAUGACACAUUCUUUGAUUAUGAACUACGGGUUGUAUAAAAAGAUGGAGAUUUACAGGGCAAAACCUGCUACCAAGCAGGAAAUGUGCCAAUUCCAUACAGAUGAAUAUAUCGAUUUCCUAUCAAGAGUUACACCAGAUAACUUGGAUAUGUUUAAAAAGGAAAGUGUUAAAUUCAAUGUAGGUGAUGAUUGUCCCGUUUUUGAUGGUCUCUACGAAUACUGUAGCAUAUCUGGUGGUGGAUCUAUGGAAGGUGCUGCAAGACUCAAUAGAGGCAAAUGUGAUGUUGCGAUCAACUAUGCAGGUGGAUUGCAUCAUGCCAAAAAGACAGAAGCUUCUGGCUUCUGUUAUUUGAAUGAUAUAGUGUUGGGAAUAAUUGAGCUUCUAAGGUAUCACCCUCGAGUCCUCUACAUUGAUAUUGAUGUCCAUCACGGUGAUGGUGUAGAAGAAGCAUUCUACACAACAGAUCGUGUCAUGACAUGUUCAUUCCACAAAUAUGGUGAAUUUUUCCCUGGUACAGGUGAACUGAGGGACACAGGUGUUGGUAAGGGGAAGUACUAUGCCGUUAACGUCCCAUUAAGAGAUGGUAUUGACGAUGCUACUUAUAAAUCUGUAUUUGAACCGGUUGUAUCCAGGAUUAUGGAAUGGUAUCAACCGUCUGCCGUUGUAUUACAAUGUGGUGGUGAUUCACUUUCAGGAGAUCGUCUUGGUUGUUUCAACCUAUCCAUCCGUGGCCAUGCAAACUGUGUAAACUUUGUGAAAUCGUUUGGAUUACCGAUGAUGAUUGUCGGUGGUGGUGGGUAUACCAUGAGGAAUGUCGCUAGGACGUGGUGCUUCGAGACUGGACUUCUCAAUAAUGUCAUCCUAGAUUCCGAAUUACCUUACAACGAUUACUACGAGUACUACGGACCAGACUACAAGUUAGACGUUAAACCUUCGAAUAUGUUUAACGUAAACAAUCCAGAAUACUUGGACAAGAUUCUAGAGUCAGUUUUUGCCAAUUUGGAGAGAACUAAAUACGCACCCAGUGUUCAACUGAACAACGUCCCCAGGGAUUUAGAAGACCCCGGUGACGUUGAAGAAGAUACAGAAGAAGCUAAAGACACUAAGGGUGGAUCCCAGUACGCUAGAGACCAAAUCGUGGAACCUGAUAACGAAUUCUACUAA